CUCCGGCAGCGGCGGCGGGGCCGGCCUGGGCUGCGGAGUUCUUACUGGACGUGCUUGGCAAGAUGGAGCCGCCGACCUCCUCCAGGCUGAAUUCCCGAAAGAGAAGAAAAGAUGGAUCUGGCCCCAAUGGGGCCGCAGAGCUGGAUGGAAUCCCUCCAAAAAUGUCCCGACGCUCAUUUGGACUGAGGGAACCGGCUCCAUUUUCAGAUGAAGUGGAAAUCGAUUACAGCAAGCCAUACGUCAGAGUGACAUAUGAAGAAGCGAUGAGAGGGACCCCUUUGGAUCGCCCCGUCAGAGUUUAUGCAGAUGGAAUAUUUGACUUGUUUCACUCUGGACAUGCCCGGGCCUUGAUGCAAGCAAAGAACCUCUUCCCAAACACAUACCUCAUUGUCGGAGUCUGCAGUGAUGAGCUAACCCAUAACUUCAAGGGCUUCACGGUAAUGAAUGAAAAUGAACGGUAUGAUGCUGUGCAGCACUGUCGCUACGUGGAUGAAGUGGUGAGAAAUGCGCCGUGGACACUCACCCCCGAGUUCCUGGCAGAGCACAGGAUCGACUUUGUUGCACAUGAUGACAUCCCCUAUUCUUCUGCUGGCAGUGAUGAUGUUUAUAAGCAUAUAAAAGAAGCAGGCAUGUUUGCACCAACUCAGAGGACUGAGGGGAUCUCAACAUCAGAUAUCAUCACCCGGAUUGUGCGGGACUAUGAUGUUUAUGCCAGGCGGAACCUGCAGCGGGGCUACACAGCUAAAGAGCUAAACGUCAGCUUCAUAAACGAGAAGAAAUACCACCUCCAGGAGCGCGUGGAUAAGGUGAAAAAGAGGGUGAAGGAUGUAGAGGAGAAGUCAAAGGAAUUUGUCCAGAAAGUGGAGGAGAAGAGUAUUGAUCUCAUUCAGAAGUGGGAAGAGAAGUCCCGGGAGUUCAUCGGCAAUUUCCUGGAGAUGUUUGGCCCAGAAGGCGCGUUGAAACACAUGCUGAAGGAGGGCAAGGGCCGGAUGCUGCAGGCCAUCAGCCCAAAGCAGAGUCCCAGCAGUAGCCCCACGCACGACCGCUCCCCGUCUCCCUCCUUCCGCUGGCCCUUUUCAACCAAGACUCCUCCUUCCUCGCCGGCCAACCGCUCCAGGAACGAGUCUGCAGUCACCUAUGACAUCAGUGAGGAUGAAGAAGAUUAAGCUGAUCACCGAAUCCUAAGUCCAGACCCACUGGGGAACUCUAAAUGAGCAAGAGAGCCAUAGGAACAGGGAUGACGGUGAGCACAGGGCCUUGGAGGCACCCGUUGCUCUUAGCAAGGGCUGCUGCCUGGAAGCACAUUCAAACCUCCUCUCCCUUCUCCUCCCCAAAACCCCUUUUUAUUGUUUACGUUCUAGUGGUUUCCAGGGGGAAGAUGGUUUUUAUAUUUUAAGAAAAUACUCUUUUAAAGCGCAAAGAAUAGCACUCAAGCGUGGCUUUUGUUUGGUUUCUUUUCCCUUGUUAAACCUCCAGGCAAGAGGGAGAGUGGGAAGACCCCCAUCUGUCUCUUCUUUCCUUCAGCUCCUCUGUCUUAUCCCCCCCCACCCCCAGGCGGUAUCUGUGCUGCUGCCAAACGAAAGACCCCUCGGUUCCUCAACCAGCGUGACCUCGAGAGCACGCAGCAAGCGGUGGUGUAAAGAGCCUUCUAGGAAAUAGAGACUUCUCUGGUGCGCUGGAACCGAUGGGAAUCUAUCCAGGAGACCCUGUAGUGUUUGCAUGCCUCUUAGCUGAUCUUCCCAGCGUGUUGCAGUGAGGACGUGCUGGGUCGGGGGCUACCAGUUUAGCACGCAGGAGUUACACCCUGGAAGAACUCGCAGCAUCAUAGAGUUGCACACCCCAUAAGCGCGCAGCGUUCGCGGCUCCAAAUUGUAUGGGGGCUGCAGGGGAAAGGCCUUUCCAGCUAAUCUUAACAAGACUGCUAAAUCUUGAGCUAAAAUUCAGCCCUCAGUUGCUGUUGGAGAGAAGAGAAUGAAUCUUUGCUUCAGGGCACUUGCUGUCUGUGCAUUUCCUUGGGUGUGUGAGAGCCCAGGUAGGAAAUGAAUGUGUGUACUGCUUUGAGAAGUUCCUUGUCCCGGUCUCUGGUGUGUAAUAAGUUUUACUGUCUGUCUAAAUGGCCCCUCAACACUGUGCUCUGUGCGUGUUUGUCUGUGUUUCAGUUGCUGUGCUCUAAGGGCUGGAGCAGUCCUUUACACUGGUGCCAUGAAGUCGCUGCUAUAAGGACAAAACGUGAAUUCGUACAGCCAGUUUGCUGUCCGUGUUGGUGUGUGCAGCUGGACAGAUGAAGGGCACGUUUUACCCCAGUGAAGGGUCCCGGUCCUGUGUGACAGUUACCCGGCUUGCACAAUAAAUGCACAAAUCAGUGCCCGCUUACUCCUUGAGGCAGGCCAGAAAGAGCAUCAGAGAGCGCUGCAGCUUUUUAAGAUUUUAAACAUGUAAUCUGCUCGUUUGAAACCAUGGUCCAAGUCGUGCCUGCUGUUGUGUCUGUAAUAAACACAGAGCUUUGUGGCCUGCGGCUGCCCGCGGGCAGUUGCCCUCCCCAUGCUGCAUGCCUGUGUGCAGAGCAGGUCGGUGCACUCUGUCCCCGCAGCCAGCGCUGGAGGGACUGGACUUGCUGUUGCAUAGCUGUGAAGCUCUCACUUGCUUUUCUCUUCGGGUUUGCCUGUGAUAUCCAUUGUCUCUGGGUGGAGCUGCUGGGCUGAGUUGCCUGUAUCCUCCUGCGAUGCUGGGAGCAGAGGACAGACAGCUCAGAGCCUGGCCAGCAGUUCUGCAGGGAGGUCUUCAGAGCGGGAUGCAGGGCUCGGGGAGCAGCGGGUGGAAGGAGGCGAAUCGUCAAGUGCUGCCACAGGCUUUGCCACGGUGCAGUGCUUCCAGGGGAUGCAGUGGCCCUGUGGUGGGAGCAGGCUGCUGCUUGUUUCCAGCUUUUAUCUUGCUGAUCCUUUGUCACGCUGCCUAAAGGGCUUGACGGAGACUCUGUGCUUCUGUUGAGGCCAGAGCCGGUAUGGGAAAGGGUAUUUUGGGGAUUCCUCAUCUGCCACUUGGACCUCUCUCAGCAGGGAUGUGCAUGGUUCUGGGAGUGUGGCUGGCUGCUAUGGAUUUUAAGCUGUAAGGAGCAAAUAAUGGUCACUUGGUACAAGAGAGUUGUUAAUCCCCUGGUUUAUGAGUGGUAGAGCACUUAACUUUGUAUCAUCCACGUUCUCUCUUCCCUCAUCUUCCCCACCUUCCCUUCCUCAUCCUUCCCUCAGUAUGGGUGUUGCGUUGCUUUCCCGAGCCAGAUCACGAAGGCCAGGCUGCUUUAGAGCCUUACUACUGUUUUAAACACAAGUUAUGUAACAGUGUUCUGUAAAUUUGGAUAACAAUAGUGUUUUGGAUGGUGGAUUGUUCUGCAGAGACCUUAACGUAUUUCUUGGUCUCUCUGCCAAACCUGGGGUGCUUGGUAAGAAGCCAGCCAUGGUUUUACAUGUAGCUUGGAAUAACAGAGCUGUUUCUUGUAACCAAUAAUCCCUGCUUCUUCCUUGCACUUAAAUUAAAUUGGACACUCGAAUCCCAGACUAGUCUUUUUUUUUUUCCUUUGUUUUUUUGUUUCCUCCUGGAUUGCUGGACCAGCCACAUGUCCAGCACUGCCCUGUCCUAUCAGGAAUAGGACAGAGCUUGAUCUUUGGGCAAAACACAUGAGCCAAGUUCUCCAGGAACAUUUCGUUAUCUGCAGAUACAGCAAGUGCUGCUGCUUCAGGGCUGUCCUGCACACCCCUAACCCAUCCCAGACUCUUCAAAAGAAGCAUCCGGAAGAGACAUGCUUGAAUUAAGAUGAAGUAAGAAGUAGAGUGGAAAAACGAAAUUUUACUAGCAUGCAUUGAAGAACGUGUGGAGUUUGAUGCUGCUAAAUCCAGAAGUGUCGACUCCUGCGAGACAGCCCUACCUCAGUUCCUCUGUAGAUUUGGGCUAUGAGGCUGCUGGCACCAACAGCCAGCCAGCCCCUGGGAGAGGAUUUUCUGGUGGCAAAGGACAGCAGCAGCAGGGCAAAGCUGAAAGGUGCCAAGGAUGCUGGUAGAAGCAAGACAUGAAGAGUGUGGCACUUUAACAGCAUAUUGCUUAAAGUUGUAGGAGAAGAUCUUUAAUCUCUUGAGAAAAUUAUGGCACACACCUGCACUGACAUGAUUUUGUGCAUUUUAUAGAGGGCUGGGACUUCAUGGUGCAGUCUGGUUCUUGUAACCAGAGGCAGGUGCUGGAGCAGCGAAUACACUUGGCAGUAGUGGUGACUUUGGGACUGUCCCUGUGUCUUGCCCCCUGCCCUCAGGGUGGGCUUCUCGCUGCCAAGGGCUCCCUGGUGUAAAGGUGUGGGUUUCCUACCUGCCGCAGGUAAGGAGCUGAGUCUGGUUCUCUGAUGGGGGCGGGGGGGGCCACGGUGAGUCUCAUAUUUUGCUGCUUGCCUGGGUGUUGCUUCUUGGCAAAACCAUGAGAUUGAUGGGUCCCAGCACUUCUGCUGGUGCCUAGAAAGCCAUGUUGGUAAUGGCUGUGUACUGUUGCAGGAGGCUGUCAAAUUUGGCAAUCUCGUAAUGAAUCACCAGGGCAUCUUCCGGCUGAGCAGUUUCGCUUCGAACACAGCCACCUGCGAAAAGCUCUGAGUCACUUUUCCCCCCUCCUCAUGGGACAGAAAACUUGCUUUUUGCCCAAAAUGAAUCAAUUAAAUAAAAGUUGGGAGCUUUGGCUUUCUGACUUUGCUUCCCCAAUAUGUCACACGGGCCAGAGGUAUUAUGGUGGGAGGGCACCAGAGAGCAGGUCAGGAGAAGCUUCGGUGGUGCCCAGCAGCAGGCUCUGGUCUUAGCGCUGACGAUCUGGCAUCUGCUGCCCAUCUCUGGUCAUGCUGCAUCACCCAGUCCUGCCGUCACCUCCAGCUGUGCAGCAGCAGCUGGUUUGAGCUGGCUCUUCCUGGUCAGUGUUUGCUGUGCUGGUUUCUCUGUAUGGGCCUGUGUGCACACUGUGUGUCUUACUGGCUUGUUCUGGAGUUGGG